AUGAAGAUCCUCAAUAGCAUCACGCGUCGCAUCCGUCGCCUCCCCUCCGCAUUCUCAUCCUCAGCCCUCCAUCGCACACACUACACUGGCUCCCUCCUCUUCAACCUCGCAUCAUUCAUCCUCCCCGCGCUUUACGGCACUUUAUCCAAACUAUGGGUCGCAAACAUCGACUCAUCAAUGGUAGUGCUCACCGAUGCGUAUACGUACAUGAACACUGCGUCUGAAGCAGUGAAUGAAGGGCUACCGAGGGCUGCAUGGGUUAUCAUUGGAGAUAAGGCCUCGCGGUCGCUGGGGAAGCGUCUCCAAUUGACACAUACUCUCAUCGCGUUUCAGUCUGUCAUCGGGUUGAUACUGAGUAUUGUAUUUCUUGCUGCUGCGUCGUCUUUUGCGAAUAGCUUUGUGCCUGAGGAAGUUCGCCAUGCGAGUUUGACUUAUGUGCGCAUCGCUUCAUUCACUGUGUUCAGCGGCACGCUCGAAACUGCAGUGGCGACAGCAACAAGAGCGCUAGACAAACCUGAUAUUCCACUAGCGAUCAGCACCGUCAAGUUUGCGGUCAACAUCAUCCUCGACUUUCUGCUCAUUUCGAAGUUCCACGUCGGUCCUUUCACGCCGACUGUCAACAUGCAAGGUACUAUUCAGCUAGUCUGCAAUCUUGUCGCAGCUUUUGCAGGACUGGUUUAUUUCCUUUGGUCGAAUACACGGUCGUUCAAGAGACAUACGGCACAUGAUCCCCCAGAGAAGCUGCGUCCUAGCUUUGACGCACUCAAAGUCCUUCUCCCGCCUGGCUUGAUCUUCUUCACCGAGUCAGCUGUCAGGAACGCCUUGUACCUCUGGUUGGUUAGCACCAUCGUUGCGUUAGGCGCAGUGUAUGCUACUGCUUGGGGCGUCUUCAAUACCAUCCGUUGGGGUCUAAUAAUGGUCCCAGUCCAAGCCCUGGAGGCAACCGCGCUGCAAUUCAUCGGUCAUAACUGGGGCGAUUGGAGAAGACGCGUCGAUAUCAGCACACGAAAACCUCAAGCGUCAUUAAAGGACCUCCGUGGCAUCGUACGUCCAGCAUUUCGUUCAUUAGUUAUUGCCCUCAUUUUCGAAGUCCCGAUAGCCAUCUUCCUCACGCUAUUUGGAGCAAAGCCCUUUGCGUCAUACAUUAGUGGUUCAGAUGAAGUAGCAGAGGUCACAGCUUCAAUGUGGCGAAGCCUGGACUGGUGUUAUAUCUUUUAUGCAAUGUCAACUCAACUCGCUACGAUUCUUCUCGCAACCCGACCGAGGUGGUAUUUGUAUCAGAGUCUUGCAAGUAAUCUGCUGUAUGUGCUGCCUUGGGCGAUUGCUUGUCAGGUGGAUGACUUGAAUGACAGUAACGCGUGGUGGUAUUACAAAUUUGUGUUUGGGGGUAGUCUCGUGUUCAGUUUUGGGACAAUUAUGGUUGUGGAUUCGCUAUGGGCUUGGACGUUAUAUAAUGGAAAGGCUGAGCUAGAGGAGUUCCGAGAGUGA